GCUUGUAAUCAAGCAUCAAAGUCAAGGUUAAAACCCUCUCCAAAACAACCAACUGCCCAAGACUAUACCAAAUCAACAGAUAAAGAAAAGUCAAUGGUGCACCAAGAUGAAAAUAUGGUUAUAGAGAAUAUGGCAUCUCAAAUUAUUAGUAGUGACUGCAGUGAAUCAGAUGCAUAUUUGCAAGAUUCCCUUCUAAAUAAAAACGGUUUGGAUCUUCACACUGGACUGAGUUCUGCAUAUUUUUCCAAACCUUCAGAGGACCAGUGGAUGGAGGAAAACCUAGAAACUGAGGAGAAACAAGAAUCCAGUGUCACAACACAAAGUGAGGACAAUGAUGUAAAUGUGACGGUGUUGCAAAGUAAGAAUUCUGAUGGAAACAAAAGAGUUUAUGAUUGUCCUGUGUGCCAUAAACGAUUUGGCGCUCCAUCCAAACUAAAAAGGCAUGGUCUUAUUCACACAAAUCAAAGGCCAUUUCAGUGUUCCAUAUGCUGCCGUGCCUUCAGAGAACGCUCUCAUCUAAAAGUCCACAUGAAAAUUCAUAAUGUCCCUGUCAAGCGGAGAACACCAUCACUCCAGAGCUACAGAGACAACAGAGUGUCCUGUAAUCGAGCAUCUAAGUCAAAGUUAAAACCCUCUCCAAAAUAUCUAACUGCCCACAAUGAUACCACUUCAACAAAUAAACAAAAGUCAACCGUGCAACAAGAUCAAAAUGUGCUUGCAGAGGAUAUGCUGUCUCAAAAUAUGAGUGGUGGCUGCAGUGAUUCAAGUGUAUAUUUGUCAAAAAGUACUAGUCCAUUAGAGAAUGUUGAGAACAAGGUUGUUUUCUGGUGCAACAACAAAUCAGCUUGGGGUCUGACACAUAAAACUGACAUCUUGCUUGAUGGGAAAAAGGCAUCUGACAUUGUGCCUUUUGGCAGGAUGAGUGACUGUCCACCCAAAACUGACUCAUCUCUCCGUCAUUGUGCUCCCGAAUCAAGAACUGAGGAAAAAUGGGCACAUCACAUGGAUGAUAUUGAAGAUUGUGUCUUUGUGGACUCUGACACUGUUGUGACACAGUGUGUCCCUGAUUCUUAUGAGCCCAGUUCUUGUCAGUAUCAACAGAAACCUGAUGAUCCCAGACUCCCAGAAGUUGUUGUGGAGCUUGAGGACAUUGAGGAUCCAGGUGAAUGCUUUAUCAAACCUCCACAUGACCUCCCCCUUUGUCCUGACUGUAGUCAGAGUUUCCGCACGAUUAGGAACUUAUAUGCACAUAAUUGUACAAACAGAUAUCCUGAAGGGGAAAUGAAGAAAUUCCACCAGUGUGACAUUUGCUUCAAAUUCUUCAAUGCACCAUCCAAAUUGAAGAGACACUAUGUUACUCACACCGGUCAAAGGCCGUUCCAGUGCACACAGUGUCAGAAGUCCUUCACACAGUCCCAUCAUCUAAAAACACACAUGCUGUCCCACAGGUAGAAGGGUUACUCAAGGGUUGUCCAAAGAUAUGACCAAACCAAAAGGGUUUUCAAUUGUAUUUCAGUUGUGUGCUAUGAAGGUU